GUUGGAAUCCGAAAUGGUCUCACGUAUGGUGUGAGUAUAAGACCGAGGCGAACGUUGCAGAUUGGUUCGUUAACAUUAGCAAAUACAAUCGCAAAUGACGAUGACGAUGAUUUGACUGGUGUUGAGAAUGGUACAUGCAGAGCCGCUGAUAUACUGCUAAAAUAUGCAUUCUGGUUGAAUAUCACUGCGAAAUUGACGGCAAAAACAAAUUUGAGUGAUCGAUUGAGGCAGUGGUUUCCCGAGAGUGCCUCGAAAAUCUCCGAAUCAAUUGGCUCGUCAGCGAAAGUUGUCGAUAUCGAGAUGCAUCAUUUUGACAGUCUUUUUGAGGCGGUAUAUAUGAAUAUAAAUGAAGACUGUAGCUUAAAAAAUGAUCUAGCAAAAUUUGUCAAUAAAUUUAAACCAACGUCAGCGUCGAAAAAAUAUGCUGAUUAA